UGCGCCCUCCGUUGUUCACGCGUCCAAUGCGGUGGUGGCUGAAGGCGUGGGGUCGGCUGCCAGAAACGGCCUUUGGGCGGGAUUAUUCGUGGCAGCCCAGAGCGGGGCUCCCGCGUUCGACAGGGGUUCAGAAAUACCAGGCCUCGUUUCCAUGGGAACAGGAUCCCUCCGUAGGGGGCGGGGACAUUCCAGGCAGAAGUCGCGGGAAACCGCUCGUGCUCUGCCGUUGGAAUCACGCAAAGGAAGCUGAGGGGGAACUUAGCUUACUGAGCAUAAUCGAAAGCUACUUCGACCGGGCGGAGCGUGUGGUUGAAAAGGACCUCGUAAAGCGGCUUCGCACUCCCAAGGGCGAGAAUGAGCGAAUGCUGCGGGUUCGCGGGGUCCUGGACACAAUCCGGAGCUGUGGCCACGUCCUGGAGGUGGCCUUCCCCCUUCGUAGAGAAAGUGGCUGUUGGGAGUUGAUCAAGGGCUGUCGGGCCCAACACAGCCAGCACCGUAUGCCGUGCAAAGGAGGAAUUCGAUAUAGCAAAUUGGUUAAUUCUGAUGAAGUAAAAGCUUUGGCAGCUUUGAUGACAUACAAGUGUGCAGUGGUAGAUGUUCCUUUUGGUGGGUCAAAGGCUGGUGUGGCUAUUGAGCCAAAGAAUUAUUCAGAAAAUGAACUGGAGCAAAUAACAAAAAAAUUCACAUUGGAAUUGGCGAAGAAAGGUUUUAUAGGUCCUGGAAUUGAUGUAGCUGCUCCUGAUAUAAACACAGGAGAAAGGGAGAUGUCCUGGAUUGCUGAUACAUAUGCCUGUACACUUGGACACAAGGAUAUCAACUCAUAUGCCUGUGUGACUGGGAAGCCCAUAAGUCAGGGAGGAAUCCAUGGGCGUAUAUCAGCCACAGGCCGUGGAAUUCUAUAUGGAAUUGAAAACUACAUCGACAAUGCAACAUAUAUGGAUCUUAUUGGCCUUAAAACUGGUUUCUCUGGUAAAACGUUUGUUUUGCAGGGAUUUGGCAAUGUGGGUUUUCACGCAAUGCGAUACCUGCAGCGAUAUGGAGCAUGCUGUAUAUGCGUUGAAGAAGUAGAUGGUGCCAUCUAUAACACCGAUGGAAUUGAUUCCAAUGAACUACAACACUACAAACAAGAACAUGGCACUAUUGUUGGUUUUCCAAAGGCUAAGAAACUUGAAGGCAGUGCCCUUGAGGUACCUUGUGAUAUACUUAUUCCAGCUGCUAUUGAGAAACAGCUUACAAAGGCAAACGCUCAUCGUGUCCAAGCAAAGAUUAUUGCUGAAGGUGCUAACGGCCCUACAACUCCAGAUGCUCAUGACAUCUUUUUGCAGAGAAAAAUCCUUGUACUUCCGGAUUUAUACAUAAAUGCAGGUGGUGUGACAGUUUCCUUUUUUGAAUGGCUGAAGAAUCUCAACCAUGUCAGCUAUGGGCGUCUUACUUUCAAAUAUGAGCGUGAUUCUAACUAUCAUCUGCUGAUGUCAGUGCAACAAAGUCUGGAGAGAAAAUUUGGGAAAAGCAGUGGAAGUAUCCCUAUUAUACCCACAUCAGAAUUCCAAGCUAGAAUAGCAGGUGCCUCAGAGAAGGAUAUUGUUCACUCUGGACUAGCUUUCACUAUGGAACGUUCAGCCAGGCAAAUCAUGAGUGUAGCCACAAAGUAUAAUCUAGGCUUGGACCAGAGAACAGCUGCCUAUAUUUGUGCCAUUGAAAAGAUCUUUAAGACUUACAUUGAAGCAAGUUUCAUUUAUUGA